UGAGGCGGUCGUGUCUGUGAGCUCCCCUCGGCUUCCUCACCACCCUCACUCUCAUCACUAUCAUCCUCACUACCCUCACUCUCAGCACCACCAUCCUCACUACCCUCACUCUCAGCACCACCACCCUCACCACCCUCACUCUCAUCACCACCACCCUCACUAUUCUCUCAUCACCACCACCCUCACCACCCUCACUUUCAUCACCACCACCCUCACUCUCAUUAUCACCACCACCCUCAACUACGUCCCAGCAACAGAAGCUGUAGGCCUCAGCAAGCAGACAGAGCCGACCAUGAAGCUGGUCCUCAUCCCAGUGUUCAUCUCCCUUCUGGAUGCGGCAUCGAUUGCGAAGCUCCAGAUCACUCUUCCGCAGAGUCUGUCUGUGACGGAGGGAGAGAACGUGACUAUUCCCUGCUCCUUCUACCCACCGGCAACCCACCUGGACCACAUCGUCCUCCAGUGUUUCACGAUGCCCAGACACUACGCAGAGAACAUGACCAGAAAAGAGAUGAAGAAGAUUUAUCAAUCGGGGGAUGAAAUGCACCCCUUGUGUAUCGUUAAGUCUGUGGGAGACGUGCUGAUGGGAGACUGCUCCAUCGGCAUCCCCAACUUCCCCGGGAGCUUCGGCCCCGUGCUUCUGUGCCGCAUCGAAUGUUACCGAUGUAACGCGGAGAACACCAAGGUGCAAGGGGAGGUGGUGCUGAACGUGAUGGCUGCAGCCCCACAGUCACACGGUGGGGGCGUGAGUGACGCCACCCUCGCCCCUCGAGAGGAGACCUCACACAAGGGAGGGGUGGUGGCUGCCUGGGUCCUGCCUGUCGUCAUCUCCAUCAUCUCCGUCAUCUCCAUCAUCAUCAUCGUCGUCUCCGUCUUUGUCUGGAAGAAGAAGAAACGCCAUCGGUCUUCAGGGCUCUGCCUCCACUCACCCAGUGCCACUCCAUCCAUAGUCUCAGGAGAGAGUGCAGCAGAGGGAGGACAGCUGAUGGGACCUUCCAAAGGAGUUGUGGGAUGAGCGGCACCAUCACCCAGGCAUGAAGACUGGAGCCUCCCGAGCAAUUUUAUGUCGCUUCCAACACUUUAGUUAGAAUAGAGUUGUUUUGUUACUCGUAGUUUUGUUGCUUCUUCUGCCUCAGUCUCGUGCCAAAAACGUCGGCAUGAGGGCAGGGCUAGUACUCUGGCAGUUGUGAAGUUGUUUUGGUAAUUGCUGUCAAUCUGAUCAAAGUGCGUGGGAUCAAAACCGCUUGAUAUUUACAAUCUGCACUUGAACACCCUCACGGGCAGCAACAGCAGCAAGCAGUAAAUUAUUUUGAGACUCGUGAACAACGUAACCACUUUAGCGAUGUGCACAGAGACACGUUCCUCUGAAAACGGGUCGGCUCUGCCGCUCGGUUGAACCCACAGCGAGCCAGACCGAGCGUCUCCGUGCCGACCUCUGUGUUGUUGUGAGCUGGCCAGUGCAAUUACAUUUCCUGUGGCAGGGUCCAGUGUUGACUACGCAAUACUGCCGCUAGUUCUACAUUCCCGUGGCCCAUCCGGUGGUCAUAUCUAUGAUGUUGAUGAGUGAUGGUACCGAUCGAUGAUGUGUGUAGGGUACUUUACAUGUGUGCUGGUCAAGUUUUUAUGCAUCGACUGAUUGAUUGAGACGGUUUGUUACACUCGCAGUACUCGGCACCUUACGCACAAUCACCGUUUCCACUCCUCGCUCAAGGCCCCGGCCUCUUCUCCCUGGUCCCCAUCCUCCCCGUACCCAUCCCUGUCCCCUUCCCCUCUUUCCCCUCCUCUCACACGCCACCUUUAUCUAACCUCAUUGUACCACGUGUAAAGUGCCUUGGAUGUAAGCUACGAUUACUUUACCAUUCGUUUAUGUCUAAUGUAACGUUUGCACUGCACCUGUUAGCAGUGGAAUAGAAUAGAAUGCACGAGCGAUUUGGAUGACAUUGUGACGAUUCAACCCCUGUGUGUGGAGUCGUUUCCUGACUAUUGACCACGAUGCUGCUACUGGUCAUGAACUGUUGCCAACCGUCUGUGCCUUGGAACUGCUAAAGUGUUGUACCAACUGUAUUGCCUUGAGCCGCAAACCUCAGGGAAUUUUAUAUUCGAAGAGCGCACACAUGUUUAUAUAUUUUAAAAAUCCAAUU